GGCAACUGAAGGGAUAUAUAACUGUCACUUAGUUAGACAAACUGCUUUGAAGAAGCAAUGGAGGGGUGCAGACACCUUUCGUAGUCUUGUGAUUUUCCACAUCUUAUGACAAGACUGCUGUGGUCAAUUCAAGAGGGUGGGGCAGGAAGCACACAAACUAAAAGCUUUCAUAAAAGAGGAAGAGACUUUCUUAGCUUGUUGACUGGAGCAGGGUAGCUGCAUGCCUGAGGACUAACAGACUCAUCAGAGGACUCUGUUGGAAGGUUGCCCAACAGAAUAGAGAACACAGCCAUUCUUCUAAAUCCCACACCUCAUCACAGUCUCACUGUGUAUGUUUCAACGGAGGAGAGUACAGAGAGGACUGUUGGAGAGAGAACCAGAGGAGGAUGAAGUCUAUCAAAUUAGAUCAGUCGGCGACAGUCGAUGAGCUUACGGAGGCCUGCAUCAAAGCAUUUGAUUAUGAAGGCAGGCUGAAUGAUGAGUCUUUGGUCCGGAUGUUUCUCAUGAUGCAUCCAUGGUACCUCUCCUCUGCUGACCUGGCCAAGAAACUCUCCAGCAAAUCGCUGGAGGAAAACUGUCUGCCUGAACUCAGGUCACAAAUCUGCCAUCUUAUCAAGUACUGGAUCAGCGAGUUCCCAGCAGAGUUUGACCUGAACCCAGAGCUGGCAGAGCAGAUCAGAGGGCUGAAGGAGCAGCUGGCUCAGCAGGGAGAGGAGCACCAGAGCACACUCAUCAACGUUGACAGUGUGCCGUCAUAUGAGUGGAGUAGGCAGGUGAGCCAACCAGCUCAGUCUGAUUUCAAGAAGAGGAAGACGUCUCUCCUCUUUGAUCACCUGGACUCAUCUGAACUAGCAGAGCACCUCACCUACAUGGAGUAUAAGUCCUUCUGUCGGAUACUGUUCCAGGACUACCACAGCUUUGUGAUGCAUGGCUGCACAGUGGAUAACCCCAUCCUGGAACGCUUCAUCACCCUCUUCAACAGCGUGUCUCAGUGGAUCCAGCUGAUGGUGCUCAGCAAGCCCACCGCCCCCCAGAGGGCUGCAGUCAUCUCCCACUUUAUUAGGGUCGCACAGAGGUUGUUACAGCUGCAGAACUUCAACACUCUGAUGGCAGUAGUGGGGGGUCUCAGUAACAGCUCCAUCUCACGCCUCAAAGACACACAGUCACACAUCAGCAACGAUGUGAGCAAGGUGUUCAACAACCUGGUGGAGCUUGUGACAUCCUGUGGGAACUAUAGCCAGUACCGCCAGCGCUUUUCAGAGAGCACAGGCUUCCGUUUCCCCAUCCUGGGCGUGCACCUCAAGGACCUGAUUGCUGUGCACGUAGCCCUGCCCGACUGGAGUGACCGGGAGAAGACGCAGGUCAACCUGGCCAAGACCCAACAGCUGUAUGCCAUCCUCCAGGAGCUUGCGCUGAUCCAGACCAUGCCACCCAGCGUCGAUGCCAACAUGGAUCUGCUCAACCUGCUCAUGGUGUCUCUGGACCAGUAUCACUCAGAGGAAGAGAUCUAUCAGCUGUCCCUGCAGAGGGAGCCCCGCACAGCCAGGCCAUUGUCUACCCCAAGCCCACCUAUGAUAGAAGAGUGGGCAUCUUCAGUGAAGCCCAAAGCUGACCCCACCAUCAUCAGUAAACACAUACAGAAGAUGGUAGAGUCUGUGUUUAAGAAUUUUGACACUGAUGGAGACGGCUACGUCACUCAGGAGGAAUUUGAGAUCAUUAGGACUAACUUCCCAUACCUCUGCAAGUUUGACGACCUGGAUAAGAAUCAGGACGGCAGAAUAAGUCAGGAGGAGAUGAUUGACUAUUUCACCAAGGCCAGCUCUUUACUGAACAGCAAGAUGGGGUUCAUCCACACAUUUUCAGAGAAGCCCUGCAUGAAGCCUAUGCGUUGCCAUCACUGUAAAGGCAUGAUGUGGAGAUUUUACAAACAAAGAUACAAGUGUAAAGCCUGUGGGGUGAGCUGCCACAAAGAUUGUCGCAGCCGCCUUGCUGUGGAGUGCCGCAAACGAACACAGAGCACCUGUCACGAAUACCAUUCUCCCCAACACUCCCGUUCCUUCAGUGUGCCUACUAUAGCUCAGCCGCUACACACUGUACAACAUACAGUCAUUACAGAGGAAGCUCCUGACUCCCCGGGGGAUGAAGUGUUUGAUGUCCACCUUUGAGGAGAAUGAAGACCAACAUUGAGGACAAAAACAACAAUGACUGCCCAUGUUCCCGGCAGCAACGGCACUCUGAAGAUCUCAGUGUGAUGGAAACGUAAUGCUCCUGUUUGAAGAUACAACAGAUGUUAGAAACAUUCCAAUUUUCCAGUUUAAGAGCAUUUCGCAUCUGAGGAAGGAUUUUUUACAUUUUCUGAUCGAUUCAUCCUUCAUCUGAUUGAUUCAUCCUUCAACAUCAUAUUAUUUGCUCACAGCUUUCACAGUAGGUAAACCUACAGUAUAUGCAUAUCCCUGUGUGUAUUUGUAUGUGGUUCAUGACUGCAGAAGAUUGCUUCUCCACUAGAUGGGGCUAUUUGUGUGUCACAACACUGGAUAGUGUAGACUACCACUGCCUUUUUACGUUCCCUGUUUUUAGUGUUUUCCUGUUUGUGUGUCACAACACUGGAUAGUGUAGGCUAUCACUGCCUUUUUACAUUCCCUGUUUUUAGUGUUUUCCUGUUUGUGUGUCACAACACUGGAUAGUGUAGGCUAUCACUGCCUUUUUACAUUCCCUGUUUUUAGUGUUUUCCUGUUUGUGUGUCACAACACUGGAUAGUGUAGGCUAUCACUGCCUUUUUACAUUCCCUGUUUUUAGUGUUUUCCUGUUUGUGUGUCACAACACUGGAUAGUGUAGGCUACCACUGCCUUUUUACAUUCCCUGUUUUUAGUGUUUUCCUGUUUGUGUGUCACAACACUGGAUAGUGUAGGCUACCACUGCAUAUUUACAUUCCCUGUUUUUAGUGUUUUCCUGUUUGUGUGUCACAACACUGGAUAGUGUAGGCUACCACUGCCUAUUUACAUUCCCUGUUUUUAGUGUUUUCCUGUUUGUGUGUCACAACACUGGAUAGUGUAGGCUACCACUGCCUUUUUACAUUCCCUGUUUGUGUGGUCUAGUUGAGUAGGAAAAAUGUGUGAGUGGAUUGUUAAUGACAAGAUCAAUUGAGGUUAUUUCCUCAACUAGACAAUCCUGUGGUACAAUUUAAAAGACAUGCAUACUGUAAUUAUUUUAGAAUAUAAAAUUAUAAAUAUAGUAAUAUCAUUGUACAGAAACUACUCCACACGUUUGUUCUACCUUUAUACAUAUGGGCUUCAGUGACACUGUAAAAUGGGAGAGCAGCACAAAUACAGGCUACAUUUUAAACUAUCAUUUUGAAAUAUAUUCCAAACUGAUCAAAAAUAAUGAAUGUGGUGUCAUGUAAAAAUAUUGUGAUUUAUCCUAAAUAAAUGUUCUGCUCUGAAA